AUGAAAGCGCAAAAUGAAAGCUAUCUCAAAAUCUUUGAAAGAAAAGUUAAACAUCAAAGACGCAAACAAAAAGUUCAUCUUGAGUCUCACCUCACAGCUCAAUUAAAGGCCACUUGCAUUGAAAAAUUGGCUUUAAACCAAACACAUCUUCAGUUUAUCAAACAAAAUGGACUGAGUAUUGCUAACGAAAUAUCUGAUGGUAAUUUUCUUCUCAGAUAUCAUCAGUUUGAAAGCGAGCUUGAGAAUGAUAAAAAUGAUGAAGAAGAAGAGACUUCAAAUGAUGAAGAUUUUAUCGAUUUUAGUGCAAUUUUAUUCGAUAAAUUUACAGAACUAAAUAGAAGAAAAAUGGUGGUUGAAAAAUGGUAA